ACUGCGCAUUCAAAGAUGCAGCUGGACGCGAGACUGUCUCUAUCUAUUGUCGUUCUACUCCUCGUGGGGCGAACCACAGCACGACCCACUUUCGACAAGAUUGCCGGGGCUCUGAUCGAUGCGCUGGAUGAUCGGCCACAGUACUACCCACCACCCCCAAGAGCAGGACACGCCUACGGACCAGGUCCCCUCAUCCACGAGGGCUACGAUCAGGGCUACGACUACUACUACGGAGGAGGAUAUGGCUACGGCUACCAGCAGGGGCCUCCGCUACCGCCGCCACCGCCACCUGGAGCUUAUGGCUACUAUCCGCCCCCCCAGCGAGUGGUUCCGUCUUCGGGCUACUAUCCUCACAGGGCACAGGAGCCCUACGGCCAUGCCCAUGGGCACCAACCCAGAGAUCAGGGCUACAGCCAGGGAUAUGGAAGAUCGAUCGGAUCAACUGGAACACCUGGAUCCACUGGCGGCUACAAGCAGCGGGGUUACUAGCGUUCACCUGUAAUAUCACUUUCCCACCCGUCAUCCCAAUCAUAUUUCCAUCUCUCCAUCUGUUUAUCAAUGUGUAAUUUAUUAAAUUAAAAUUCGUGAAUCUUCGUCAAUAGUCA